UCCUCGUUCGAUAAGUAAUCCAGAAAUUUCUACAAUUUAAUCGUAAAUAAUGAAAUCAAAUGGUUAAAGUGUUGCUGGUAUGUUGUAUAAUGGAUAGACUAAAACAAAUUAAGAUAUUUAGAGAAAAUGAUUGGUAUAUUUAAGUUUCUGAUGGACAUGGAACAAAUGGGCAUUAAGUGGCUAAGUUUUUGUAGGAAGUACUUCCAGAAUCAAUAGCUUAAGGAGUAAUGAAUAUAAAAUCAUAUUAAGAGAGAGAUAAGUAAGUUUAAAAUCGAAAAUAGAUAAAUUAAUUUAGUCCUAAAGAAUUGUUUUUUGUAGACAAAUAAAGAAUUGAUGGAUAGUGGAAUAGAUGCUACAUAUUCAGGUGCAACAACAGUUGUUGUAUUAUUUUUUGAUAAUGUGUUAUAUUGUGCAAAUAUUGGAGAUAGUCGAGCAAUUAUUGGAAGAUUCAAUAACAAACUAUCAGUGAUAGAAUUAUCAAAAGAUCAUAAACCAGAUUGUUUUUUAGAAUAGGCAAGAAUUCUUUAAAGUGGAGGAAGAGUUUAAGCUUAUAGUGAUGACGAUGGAAAUCCAAUAGGGCCAGCUAGAGUUUGGAAAAUGGAUGAAGAUGUACCUGGGUUGGCUAUGUCAAGGAGUUUUGGAGAUUAUAUUGCUAGUUAAGUGGGAGUAAUUUGUGAGCCAGAAAUUAUUAAACAUUCAUUGCUACCAUGUGAUAAAUUUAUAAUAUUGGCUUCUGAUGGGAUUUGGGAGUAUAGAAAUUAUUAUUAUAAAAAUAAGAUUUUAUCGAAUGAGUAGGUAGUAGAAAUAGUUUAUGAAUAUUAUAAGAAAGAUGAUAGUGAAGGAGCUUGUUAGAAGUUAGUUUAAUUAGCAAGGGAAGCCUGGCAAAGGAAGUAAUAGAUGAUAUUACAAUUGUUGUUUCUUUGAUAAAAUGAUCUUAAUUUACUCACUAAAUAAACUGAAUUAGUACAGGA